UCUCCUAUAAAUAUUCUCUCCCUUACCUUUUCUUGUUCAAACCCGACUGGUUUUAAUUCCCUCAUCCCCCUCUGUGAUUCGCAUAGCAUAUGUCUCAGAGGCCCAGCGUUCCCCACUCUUCUUCCAUCGCCUUCGGCCUCCAUUCUCAUCUCCUGGUCUCCAGUGAGAUGAACCCCAACUCCAACUGGUCUUGAAAAUUAUUCUCGAACCAAAUUCUCUGAUCAUUUAUCUCUCCGUUUUGUUACUUUUUCGAAAGAAGAGAAUCAGACAUGGGUGUGAAAGGUUUUGUUGAAGGAGGCAUAGCUUCCAUCGUUGCCGGGUGUUCGACUCACCCCUUGGACCUGAUCAAGGUCCGAAUGCAGCUCCAGGGUGAGACUCAGGUGCCGAAACCUGAACCAGCCGCGGCUCAAGCUCUUCGACCAGCGAUGGCUGCGGCCGCUCGGGGAGGCUCUUCCUCCAUUCAGGUCCCUGUCCCUCCGGCGCCGGCCCCGCGCGUGGGUCCAAUUGCCGUCGGAGUCAGAAUCAUUCAGCAAGAGGGUGUUGCUGCCAUGUUCUCUGGCGUAUCCGCCACCAUGCUCCGCCAGUGCUUGUACUCCACCACCCGGAUGGGCUUGUACGACAUUCUCAAGAAGAAAUGGACCGACCCGGAAUCCGGCAACAUGCCGCUCCAGCGAAAAAUCGGUGCCGGGCUGAUCGCCGGAGCCAUCGGUGCGUCGGUCGGAAAUCCGGCCGACGUGGCCAUGGUGCGGAUGCAGGCAGACGGCCGUCUCCCGGCCGCCCAGCGCCGCAACUACAAAAGCGUGGUGGACGCUAUAACCUGUAUGGCGAAACAAGAAGGUGUCACGAGCCUGUGGCGCGGUUCGUCUCUCACCGUGAACCGUGCCAUGCUCGUGACAGCUUCCCAGUUGGCUUCUUACGACCAGAUCAAGGAAACAAUUCUCGAUAAAGGGCUGAUGCGAGACGGGCUCGGUACCCACAUAACCGCGAGCUUCGCGGCGGGGUUUGUGGCGGCGGUGGCGUCGAACCCGGUGGACGUGAUCAAGACCCGGGUGAUGAACAUGAAGGUGGAGCCAGGGGCGGAGCCACCGUACAAGGGGGCGCUGGACUGCGCGGUGAAAACGGUGCGUUCGGAAGGGCCGAUGGCGCUUUACAAAGGGUUUAUACCUACGAUUUCGAGGCAGGGGCCUUUCACUGUCGUGCUGUUUGUGACAUUGGAGCAGGUAAGGAAGUUGCUCAAAGAUUUCUGAAGAAGAUGAUGAUGACGACGAAUUCAGGGAGUAAUAUUUAAAAUAUUACAAUAAGUGGAUCUUUUGAUUUAAUUGUUUUCAUAUGUCCCUAGAGAUUGGGGAGCAGGAAUCAUUUAGUUAAUUAUGAAGCAAUAUCCUCCAGCAAUAAGUUUGUACGCAUCGAAAUUUAUUUUUAUAAUUUGGUGAGAAACAUUCUUUCUCAAAAUAUCUAAAUA